AUGACUAAGAACAAUGAUGGUGAGGUGGUGCCGUUCAGUUUGGGCAAUAAGUGGAAAGAUGGCUCUUUGCGUACGGACAUCCCCAUCAAUGCCCUCAACACGUAUUACAACGUGAACUUCUCCAUUGUCUCACAAGUCAACCCCCACAUUUCCUUAUUCUUCUUUGCACCAAAAGGAACUGUUGGACGCCCUGUUGCCCUGCCAAGACGGAAGACCAAAAAUCAGAGGUUUGCAUCGCUUAGAGGUGGUUUUAUUGCUACAGCGCUAGAACAGCUUUUCAAACUUGAAAUCAAAAAAUGGCUUGAAAUUGUCAAGACCCUCGAUCUCCUCCCUAUGUGGCGUGAGCAAGACUGGCUGAAUGUGUGGCUUCAGCGCUUCACAGGUUCUAUAACUAUAUGGCCCCGCAACAAGCUCAAGGAUUACUGGUACAUUCUUCUGGAUCCUUCCGAGGCCCAGAUGGAAGAGUACUUGCUCAAGGGCGAGCGCAGUAUGUGGCCUCGUCUUCUCUUUGUUAAGCAUAGACUUGGUAUUGAGCGUGCUAUCGAGAGAGGCAAGAAGCGCUCUAAUUCUGAGAAGACCCUUGAUGCCACGCAGCUCUCCCCAACAAGCUCCAAUGCGGUCCAGUCAGACGACUUCUCUGAAGGACCCGCUAAGGACCUUCUUUCUAGAGCUAACCUCAACAAGAGUGAUGUGGAGUCCACAGACGAUGAAAUUAGGCGCAACUUCGCCUCGCCUUUUGAUAUAAAGUAUGGUCGUGACGAUGACGAUGAUGAUGACGAGGAUCUGUACACGGACGAUUUAGAGUAUCUGUCUGACGAAGAUCCAGAAGUACAGCCGAGGAAGAGGAAGCCCAAUGGAACAAAAAUACGCAGAAGCACUACCGCUUAA